AUGAACAACUCGAUCGGCCUCAACAACUCGGUCUACAACUGGGUGAACUUCGAGUAUGACGCGCAAUGUUUCAGGGACCAGAUCAGCCAAUGGCCGGACAACGACUUCGCUGCAUGUACCUUCACGACUGGUAUGGUGUCCUUCCUCAAUUUUACCGGCAACGGCAAGAACUCGUCUUUCAUCGAUGCAUACUGCAUCGCUCCUCCUCCGGAACCGCCUCUGAUGCUGGGUUUUGUAGGGCCCUUGGUGCGCCUCGGUGCUUAUCUGAGCAAUCUUCUACUCGCGAUGCAAAUAUUUUACUCGCCUGAUGACAUACGAGAUGCAUUUGGAGCUCAGAUCUUGACAGUAUAUUCUCUGAUAUUCGCGACGUCGAUAGCUCUGUUUAAGCGUCAACUGACGAAAUUCCAUGCUGUUUUAUCUGUCAUCAUGAUCGGUUCACCCGUUACCCUCUACUUAUGGGUAUACGCAAUCCUCUCUAUAUUCCGUGUUCCCAAUCGGCUUUCCGAAACUCUGGGUCCAUGGUCAAAGAAACCGGACUCAGGUCAUCCAUGGAAACACAGCGGACAACUUUUGUCCCGCAUUCUCGUGCUUUUGACGAUGAUCAUAUGGAUCGCAACGGUCAUCUUCAUAUAUUCCUCUGCCCCCGAUCGGUUCGCACAGCCAAGCUGCGUCAAGCUUUUUUACGACAUCAUCAUAUCCAAGUUCUACGGGGCUGUUGGGUACCUCUUCGUGAAUGCUGCUCGGACUUCGCCUGGGGGAGGCGUCGCGCUCGCUCUCCCGGUCAUACUGAUCGUCGUGGCUUGGGCUGUUGUGCUUGUUCUUCAGAGGAAGGUUUUGUGGCAGAAUGGGUGGUCUCUGCGAUUCCUCGUGGUUUGGCGUCACAUCAGCAUACAAUAUCCGUUCAUUCAUUUCACGUCGGUCAUCCUACUUCCAUCGCUCUACUGGAUGGGAUGCAUCGAACUCGGGCUCCUGAACACUCGAGAUAACGACGGAUGGAACGUCUCCUUUGGGCAGAUACUCGCCCUGUUCAUCGUCGUCCAACCAUUGAUAUCCGUCAUUCCGCUCAUUGGCGACAGUCCAUCUAGCCGGAAACGGAUUCCGAGGAACAACAGGCAAUCGGUUUCGAUGCCAUAUGAACCAACGACCGUGAUAUCUGAGCUUCCGAUGGUUAAUAUGGACCACACUGAAGAAGACGAAGUUCUGUACGACCCGUAUAAAGCGAAAGUUUGA